AGGAAGUGGAGCAUUGCACUAAGGCCCUUCACAUGUGACCUCUGUAUCUGUAACUAUGCUAAUCAGUUUCCUUUGGCUCUCUUGCUUUCUCUCUCAUGUACUGCAUGCUUCUGGGGUUAAAGUCUGAUAAAUCACCAAGCCAAACCUGUUCUGUCAGGUGGCUGUUGAGAUCUAAGCUAAGGAAAGAUUGCGUACUGCUGAUGUGUUUGUUAUUUUGCAAGUUCCAUUGAACUGAAAGCAGGAAGGAAAGGAGCCGAUGCUCCGUUGCUCAGUCUGCAGAAUGCGGAAGUAACCACUGGUAAGGAAGGAGACACUAAAAUUCCCUCUUACUUAAGAUGACGGCUUGAGAUCAGAAAGUCUGUGGUACUCUAUCAAAUGACCACUAAAUAUAUCCAUGUAUCUGGGUUAGAUCUAUACUGGCAUGGAAGAAACAAGGGCACCCACAUGGGCCAGUACUGGAGAAUCUGGGGAAUUUCAGAAUUCUUACUUUGGAAACAAAAAAGGAAACAAUGUUUGUAGACAAGAAAACCCAAAGACCAGUUCUCCCAGGUUACGGAGGACAGAAAGUGCCAACAGGACCCCAUCACCCGCUACAAUAUCAAGAAGGAAAAGAGGCGUUAGAGGGAGUAUGUGGAGCACUGCAGGGUCCUUGCCUCUUAGAGGAGCAUCCAUAGCUGCAUCUAAUUUUGAUAUUAUCGAUGGACCAGAAGAGCAGGUACUGGAUUCAGCUGUCAGCAGCUUGGUACUGGAUCCUAAUGAACAUGCAUGGAUGCUGAUUGCUGCAGAGGGCAAUUUUGAUGAGCUAAAGGAAUUUUUAUGGCUGGAUCAGAGCCUUUUGUACAAGAGAGACUUUGUUACUGGUUACUCCAUCAUCCAUUGGAUGGCUAAGCAUGGCCACCAUGAGGACCUGAUCAAGGUCAUGGACUUUGCUCAUGCUAGUGGACACACCAUGGAUAUUAAUGUCCGUGACAGUGGCGGACUUACCCCUCUGCAUAUCGCUGCCUUGCAUGGUCAUGUCAUGGUUGUGAAGGUGCUGGUUGGUGCAUUCAAUGCAGAUAUCCAUGCUAGGGACCACAAUGGGCGCAAGCCCUGGCAGUAUCUAGGACCAGGCACUGCAAAGAAACUUCAAGAGCUGCUGGGAUCUCCUGAGGAAGAGAGUUAUGCAUUAGCUGCAAUGAAUGUGAAUAAUAAUUGCCACCCCAAAAAUCUUCAAGUGUGUGAUGAAACAGAUGCUGCCCCAAAACUCACGGUUGCCGUAGCACCUCUACAAAACCUUUUCAAAAGCGCCUACAGUUUUCUGAAGAAAUGGUAACGACUGACUAUUUCACAGACACUUUAUUUAACAAGCACAAAUAAUUCUCUGUAUUUGCACUAUUCUAGCACAGCCUUUAGCAGUGAGCAUUGCAAGGUGAAUUCAUUAUGCACGGUACUCAAAAAACUGUUAAUGAUUUUGUGGCAGACCCACCUCAAUAUUAUACAGUUGAGUUUAGUGAAAACCUCUAAUGGUUUAAUUAAGCUCAGUUUUCUGCUUCAUUGUGUUUCACAAGUGCUUUACAUUUAUUACAAAAAGCUGACUUGAAAGUUCUACACAACUGAACAUGACAAUUUUUUGGAUUGCAAAUAAUACAGUUGGAUUUAUGUUUUGAGUGUUUUUGGAUUUGUAUUUAGCUUGGCAUUUGGCUGAAUCUUUUGUGGAGGAUUCAGUAUAUGGCAAAUCCAAUAAUGGUACAAUCUGGUACAUCCUCACUUCUAAGUUGUUUUUUCCCCCACCACAAAUAGACUUAAUAUGGUUAUGGUGCUACUGUCCAAUGAGAAGACUCUGAUUAUAGUUGACAAACACUGAGCAAGAUUGCUUACAUUUAUUAUCAAAAGGAAACAUUGAACUAAAACCCACAAAUUAGCCAUGUUCAUCUUUAAAAAUUAAAGCAAUAACCAUUAUAGAGUUUGCCCAUUCAUUGUGUAGGCCACCUCUAAAUUUUAGCAAGACAUAUAAAAAUGCUUUAUAAUUAGACUAUGCUGAACUCCACUAGAGAUAUGGUAACUUUUUAAAUAUUCAGAAAAUAAUAACCAUUAAGCAAUACACAUAUUUAAUACUUUUUAUCUUCCAAAAAUGUGAUGAUGUUGUUAUUCAAACACACACUGUACAAAUACAGAAUUGAUGUUUUGCCAAUACUCAGGGAACACUAGGGCACAGUGCAAAGUUUAUUCUUACCAAAGAAACCCAAGGUGUGUAUGUAGGCGUGGAAGGACAAGGUGGGGCAUGAAAGGUAUUCUUUGCUCAGGUCACAUUAAAAUGUUAAUAUUUUCCUAUUGUGCUAGUCUAACCUAAAGCCACACACAUUUUUUAGUAUCCUUUUCUCUUCAAUUUAUUUUUAAUCCUUACCAGUGGGUUCCAAACUCAUCCACCCUUUAUGUCACUUGCCAGGCUAAAAUGUACUUCCACAUAAAAUCUGUACCUUGUCAGUAACUUUCAGCAACCAAUUACAUUUCGCUUUUAUUAUUUUACUUGCAGCAGGAUGCGCAAAUCUAAUCAGUUAUUGGGUUUCCAUUGCACAGUAAAUAAGUCCCAGUUCAACAUUUGAAUCUCUACAAGAGCAGGAUUUCUGCACCCAGAUUAACAGUGGAUGGAGAACUAGGGAAUAUGCUGAUUUAAAAAGAAAAAUCUUACAGUGAAGUUUUUAUCAGGCUGUGCAAAUAAAUGAGUGUGCCUUAUCACGCCUGAAAGCACUUCCUGUUGGCACACCCUGCAGAGGAAAUGCUCAAGUUCCUCAUUUUAAGGGUCUUAAGUAAACAUUACAAUGUCUAUUUAAAAUGUAAAUUUCCUAAUAUGAAAUUGAAAUGCUAUGUUCUGAAUAAAAUAGACUGAGCACACAAAGGUAUUCUCUAUUCCUAAGCAACAGCUACAUUACAUAAUAAUUUGCCCUUAUUUUCUAAUAUGAAGCAGAUUUGUUGCUGCUUGGAAACCUUUAAUUUGUUGUCAUAGUUUUUUUUUUUAAAGCAAAGUUAUAUAUUUUAUUGACUGCAAGGCUAUGGUGACCUCUUGUAUAUGCCAGACUAGUUGCAUGUAAUCUGUUUGAUGCAUGCAUCCUUCUACUGUACAGCUGUGCAGAAUAUUUUGGUACUUUACAAAAAUCUUUUUUUAAUAAACACUAUUUGUAUUUUGACUAGA